UAGGGCCUUGGGGUGGGGUGUGUGUGUCUGUGAGGUGGAGUUGGAGGAGCACCCGACUGCAAUGUGAUCUCGGCCGAAGGACAAAGGUCUAGAGUUCCGCCUCAUGGAGACUCCCGUGGCCGCCGCACCUGCUGGGGGUUUCUUCCCCUCGUUCCUGCUCCUGGCGUUUGGGACACUGGUGGCUGCUGUGCUGGGCACCGCUCACAGACUGGGGCUCUUCUAUCAGCUGAUGCACAAGGUGGACAGGACAAGCAUUCGGCAUGGUGGGGAGAGUGUGGCGGCUGUGCUCAAGGCCCAUGGCGUGCGUUUUGUCUUCACACUGGUUGGUGGGCACAUUUCCCCACUGCUGGUAGCCUGUGAGAAGCUGGGCAUCCGUGUGGUAGACACUCGCCAUGAGGUCACUGCUGUCUUUGCUGCCGAUGCUGUGGCCCGCCUGACUGGGACAGUGGGCGUGGCCGCAGUGACAGCUGGUCCUGGCCUAACCAACACAGUGACCGCAGUGAAGAAUGCUCAGGUGGCCCAGUCUCCGGUCCUGCUUCUAGGUGGGGCUGCCAGCACCCUGUUGCAGAAACGGGGAGCACUCCAGGCCAUUGACCAGAUGUCUCUGUUCAGACCGCUUUGCAAGUUUUGUGCCUCUGUGCGCAGGGUACGAGACAUCGUACCUACCCUGAGGGCCGCAAUGGCUGCGGCCCAGUCAGGCACCCCAGGUCCGGUGUUUGUGGAGUUGCCUCUGGAUGUGCUGUAUCCUUACUUCAUGGUAGAGAAGGAGAUGGUGCCAGCCAAGCCGCCCAAGGGCCUGAUGGGUCGAGUGGUCUCCUGGUACUUACAGAACUGCCUGAACAACCUCUUUGUUGGUGCUUGGGAGCCUCAUCCUGAGGGACCUCUGCCCCUGGAUAUUCCCCAGGCAUCUCCCCAACAGGUCCAGCGCUGUGUGGAGAUCCUGAGCCGGGCCAAGAGACCCCUGCUGGUGCUGGGGAGCCAGGCUCUGCUGCCCCCGACCCCUGCCAACAAGCUUAGGGCUGCUGUGGAGACCCUAGGAGUCCCUUGCUUCCUGGGGGGGAUGUCUCGGGGGCUGCUGGGCCGCAACCACCCUCUCCAUAUCCGGCAGAACCGCAGUGCUGCCCUGAAGAAAGCAGAUGUUGUUGUCCUGGCAGGAGCUGUAUGUGAUUUCCGCCUGUCUUACGGUCGUGUUCUCAACCGCAAGAGCAAAAUCAUCAUUGUCAAUCGGAACCGGGAUGAUAUGUUGCUCAACUCAGACAUCUUCUGGAAGCCCCAGGAGGCUGUGCAGGGAGACGUGGGUUCCUUCAUGCUCAAGCUGGUGGAAGGCCUUCAGGGCCAGGUGUGGGCCUCAGAUUGGGCUGAGGAGCUUCGGGAAGCCGACCAGCAGAAGGAACAGACUUAUCGGGACAAGGCUGCAACGCCUGUGUCUCAGCACCUGAACCCAGUGCAGGUGUUACAGCAGGUGGAGGAGACUUUGCCUGACAACGCACUUCUUGUGGUUGAUGGUGGGGACUUUGUGGCCACAGCCGCCUACUUGGUACAGCCUCGAGGGCCCCUGCGCUGGCUCGAUCCUGGAGCCUUUGGGACUCUGGGAGUUGGUGCAGGGUUUGCACUUGGGGCUAAGCUGUGUCAGCCGGAUGCCGAGGUUUGGUGCCUGUUUGGGGAUGGUGCCUUUGGCUACAGCCUCAUCGAGUUUGACACGUUCGUGAGACACAAGAUACCAGUGAUGGCCUUGAUAGGGAAUGAUGCAGGCUGGACCCAGAUUUCUCGGGAACAGGUGUCCAGGUUGGGCAGUGACGUGGCCUGUAGCCUGGCCUACACUGAUUAUCACAAGGCAGCCGUAGGUCUGGGGGCCCAGGGAUUGAUACUGUCACGGGACAAUGAGGAUCAAGUGGUCAAGGUACUUCGUGAAGGCCAGCAGCUGUGCCGGGAGGGCCAUGCAGUCGUGGUCAACAUCCUGAUCGGGAGGACAGAUUUCAGAGAUGGCUCCAUUUCUGUAUAGGGCCCGUGUAGGGUUAGUAUGCUUGCCUCUGUACCUGGACUAUGCCUGGCCCAAGUUUGCAUCCUUUCCUGCUCUGAGCUUGUCUUACAAGGCUCAACAAUUCUACAACCCUCCGAGAGGGUAAUGGAGGGAUCAAAGCUCAAAGAGACACCUUGGUGACCCUGGAUAGCAGCUCUUUCCACAGCUCAGCCGUGCACCUGUCUCCCGCUUACAGACUGAAUAAACCUCCUAGCCACAUGAGCCCAAGG